AUGGCCCAGCGGCUGCUGCAGGAGAAGCUGACCUGCUCCGUCUGCCUGGAGCUCUACCGGGACCCGGUGACGCUGCCCUGCGGCCACAACUUCUGCGAGGCCUGCAUCCGGGACUGGUGGCGCUCCCACGAGGGCAGCCCCGCGUGCCCCGAGUGCCGGGAGCCCUGCCCCGCGCGCGCCCAGCUGCGCCGCAACGUGGCCCUGAGCGGCGUGGUGGAGGCGGUGCGCGCCGAGCCCCCGGCCCCCGGCCCCGGCCCCGGCCCCGGCCCCGGCCCCGGCCCCGGCCCCGGCCCCGGGCGCUGCCCGCAGCACGGGCGGCCGCUGGAGCUCUUCUGCCGCACCGAGGGCCGCUGCGUGUGCAGCGCCUGCACCGUCGGCGACUGCCGCCUCCACGAGAGGGCGCUGCUGGACGCUGAGCGCCGGGAGCGCGAGGCCCAGCUGAGAGCCGUGCUGGAGGUCACCCGGCAGCAGGCCACCCAGGCCCAGAGCCAGCUCCAGGAGCUGCAGCAGCGGAGCCACCAGAUCCAGAGCUCGGCCCGCACCCUGGCUUCCGUGGUCUCUGGCAAGUUCGGCAGCCUGCUGCGGGCGCUGGAGCUGCGGCAGACCCGGGCCCUGCGGGGCAUCGAGGCGGCCAGGGCGCAGGCCCUGGCACAGGCCCAGGCGGAGGAGCGGCGGCUGCAGGGCCACCUGGAGGCCGCGGCCGCCUUUGGCCUCAGGGCGCGGGACCUCCUGGAGCAGCCGGACGACCGAACCUUCCUCCAGGCGUCACAGCUCCUGGCGCCCCCAGGGCCUCUCGGGACGCUGACCCCUCCGCAGUGGGAUGCUGACCAGCAGCUGGACGGCCUGAAGGGACUUCUGAGCCAGCUCUGUGGCCUCCUCCUGGACAGUGGGGACCCCCGCGGGGCCCCAGCCGAGGCGGCUGACUCAGGUCCCCCGGGUUACCGCAACCUGACCUUCGACCCGGAGAGUGCCAACCGCCACCUUUACCUGUCUCGGCACGGCCGGCGGGUGGAGCACCGGCGAGAGCCCCGCGGCCCAGCCGGGCCCGGCAGCUUCGAGCUCUGGCAGGUGCAGUGCGCCCAGAGCUUCCAGUCCGGGCGGCACUACUGGGAGGUGCUCGCGUCGGGCCACCUGGUGACGCUGGGCGUGGCCUACCCCGGCCUGGCACGGCGCCGGCGGGGGCCCCUCACCGACAACAUCGGCCGCGGGCCUGGCUCCUGGGGGCUGUGUGUGGAGGAGGACGGUGCCCAGGCCCGGCACAACGGGGAGGUCCGGAGCCUCCGAGCGGUGCCAGGGAUGCUGCUGGGCGUGGACUUGGACCUGGCCGCUGGUUGCCUCGCCUUCUACGGCCUGGAGCCCGAGACCCAGCUCCUGCACACCUUCCACGCCAUCUUCACCCAGCCCCUGCGCCCUGUCUUCUGGCUCAUGGAGGGGCGGACGCUGACCCUGUGCCAUCGGCCUGAGGCCGGGCUCCCCCCGGGGCGCCAGGGAGAGGCCUCGGGGCUCAGCUGA